GAUCUGUUUUUAAACUCAGACCCUGUAUUUUUCCGUUACAUGCAAAGCUGAUUCCACUCCCUCUCUCACAGCGAGGAAGAAAGAGAGAGGAGAGAGAGAGAGAGCAAAAAUCAAAAGCUACACUCCGCCAUUUUUGUGCGACCCAUUGUUUCACUUUUACAUGCCUUUCGUUUAGUUUACCAUACUACCAUUUUGUGUCCCACACACCAGAGGCGUUUCGUCACACUCACUCUCUCUCUAGUGCUCUCUUGCUCAGUUUCAUUCUACUUAUUCCGGCAUUGAGGCUUAAUCUAGGGUUUUAGUUUAAACCCCCUAAUUCGAAGGACUGUGGGAGUGGAAAUCAGUGAUGGAGGAAAAUCCCUCUUCAACUAUUUUAGAUGGCGAGAUUAUUGGGAUCAGAUUUGGUUUGGCAACUCAUCAUGAAAUCUGUACAGCAUCGAUCAGUGACUGCCCUAUUAGCCAUGCCAGUCAACUUGCGAAUCCCUUUCUUGGUCUGCCUCUUGAAUUUGGCAAAUGUGAAUCUUGUGGUACUUCUGAACCAGGGAAAUGUGAAGGGCAUUUUGGAUACAUUGAAUUACCAAUUCCGAUCUACCAUCCUAGCCAUGUUGGUGAACUGAAGAGGAUGUUGAGCUUACUUUGCUUGAAGUGCUUAAAGAUGAAAAGGAACAAGGUUCCACUAAAGAGUGCUGGUUUGGCAGAAAGAUUGUUAUCUUCCUGUUGUGAGGAUUCUCCACAAGUUUCUAUCAGAGAGGUAAAAACCACAGAUGGUGCUUGUUACUUGGAACUGAAGCUUCCUCAACGGUCACUUCGGAAUGGUUCUUGGAACUUUUUGGAAAUAUAUGGUUUUCGCUAUGGUGACGAUUUGUGUCGAACUUUGCUUCCUUGUGAGGUGAAGAAAAUGCUCAAAAGAAUUCCUGAGGAGACUAGGAAGAAGCUUUCUGGAAAAGGGUAUUUCCCUCAAGAAGGAUAUAUCCUGAAAUACUUACCUGUCCCUCCAAACUGUUUGUCUGUGCCAGAAAUCUCUGAUGGUGUCAGUGUCAUGUCUUCGGAUCCUUCUUUGGUGAUGCUCAAAAAAGUGCUCAGGCAAGUGGAGAUCAUCAAGAGUUCAAGAUCUGGUACACCAAAUUUUGAAUCUCAUGAAGUUGAAGCUAACGAGUUGCAAUCAGCUAUAAAUCAGUAUCUGCAGAUUAGGGGUUCUGUAAAAGCAUCUCGUGAUAUAGACUCAAGAUUUGGGCUGAGCAAAGAGCCAAAUGAUUCCACAACAAAAGCAUGGCUCGAAAAAAUUAGAACAUUGUUCAUCAGAAAAGGUUCAGGCUUCUCGUCCCGCAGUGUGAUUACUGGGGAUGCAUAUAAAAGGGUUGAUGAGAUUGGGAUCCCCUUUGAGAUUGCGCAGAUGAUCACUUUUGAGGAGAAAGUUAACGUUCACAAUUUGAAAUAUUUGCAAGAGCUAGUAGAUAAUAAGUUGUGCCUAACAUAUAGAGAUGGUUCUUCAGCAUAUUCGCUGAGGGAGGGUUCAAAGGGGCAUACAUUUCUGCGACCUGGUCAAGUAGUACACCGACGCAUUAUGGAUGGGGAUAUGGUUUUCAUUAAUAGACCACCAACCACUCACAAGCAUUCCUUGCAAGCACUUGCAGUGUAUGUUCAUGAUGACCAUACAGUGAAGAUAAACCCGCUUAUUUGUGGCCCAUUGAGUGCUGAUUUUGAUGGUGACUGUGUGCAUCUCUUCUAUCCUCAAUCUCUUGCUGCAAAAGCAGAAGUUUUGGAACUUUUCUCUGUGGAUAAGCAGUUGCUUAGCUCUCACAGUGGUAAAAUCAACUUGCAACUGGCCACUGACUCAUUGCUGUCCCUAAAGACAAUGUUUAAGACAUACUUCUUGGACAGAUCAGCAGCUCAGCAAUUGGCUAUGUUUGCUUCAUCUUCAUUGCCACGGCCUGCUUUGUUGAAGGUUCAUUCCGCUGCCCCUUAUUGGACUGCUUUGCAGAUAUUACAGACUGCUUUGCCUGCAUGCUUUGACUGUUGUGGGGAAACAUACCUGAUUAGUCAGAGUGAUGUUUUGAAAAUUGACUUCAAUGGUGAUGUUAUAUCGUCUGUGGUUAAUGAAAUUGUGACAUCAAUUUUCUUUGAGAAGGGUCCUGAAGAGGUUUUAAAAUUCUUCAAUUCCUUACAGCCUUUGUUGAUGGAAAAUAUAUUUGCGGAAGGUUUUAGUGUUGGCUUAAAUGACUUUUCCAUAAACAGGGAGGACAUACAAAAUAUUCAGAAGAAUAUUCAGUCUAUUUCUCCUUUGCUGUAUCACCUAAGAGAAACAUAUAAUGAGCUGGUGGAGUUGCAAUUGGAGAAUCGCAUCAAAGAUGUGAAAGUGCCAGUUACAAAUUUUAUUUUGAAGUCUGCAUUGGGUGAUUUAAUGGACUCCAAAAAUGAUUCAGCCAUUAACAAGGUAGUUCAACAAAUUGGCUUCCUGGGCCUGCAACUUUCUGAUAAAGGAAAAUUUUAUUCUAAGACCUUAGUUGAAGACGUGGCUGCACUUUUUCGUUGUAAAUAUUCUUCUGGAGUUGAUUACCCUUCUGCAGAGUAUGGAUUAGUUCAAAAUUGUUUUUUUCAUGGGUUAGAUCCCUAUGAGGAGAUUGUUCAUUCAAUAUCUACGAGAGAAGUAAUGGUCCGCUCGUCAAGAGGAUUGUCUGAACCUGGUACUUUAUUUAAAAACUUAAUGGCCAUCCUUCGAGAUGUUGUUAUUUGUUACGAUGGCACCGUCAGAAAUGUUAGCAGCAAUUCCAUAAUCCAAUUUGAUUAUGGGGUAAAUGCGAGAGGUAAGCCCAACAAUUUAUUUCCUGCUGGUGAACCUGUUGGCGUCUUAGCUGCAACAGCAAUGUCAAAUCCUGCAUACAAGGCAGUUCUUGAUUCUUCUCCAAGCAGUAAUUCCUCAUGGGAGCUGAUGAAGGAAAUACUGCUUUGCAAGGUCAUUUUUAAGAAUGAACUUAUUGAUCGCCGUGUAGUAUUAUAUUUGAAUGAAUGUGGCUGUGGGAGAAAGUGUUGCCGAGAGAAAGCAGCAUAUUUAGUAAAGAAUCAAUUGAAGAAAGUCAGCCUUAAAGAUACUGCGGUUGAGUUUCUGAUUGAAUAUAAAGACCAGCAAAAUGUAGCAGAAAGUUCUGAAAUUGAUGCAGGCCUUGUUGGUCAUGUUCAUCUAAAUGAGAUGCUGUUGGGAGAGAUGAACACCAGUAUGCAUGAUGUUCUUCAAAAGUGCCAAGAGACUCUUAGUUCGUUCCGAAAGAAGAAGAAAGUUAGUCAUGUUUUUAAAAAAACGAUUCUGUCUAUCAGUGAAUGUUGCUCUUUCCAGCAAUGUGGUGCAAAUAGAAGCUCUGGUAUCCCAUGUUUGAUGUUUUCUUGGCCAGACACAAGUGAUAUUUAUUUGGAGAGGACUGCAAAUAUCCUUGCGGACAUUAUUUGCCCUGUUCUUUUAGAAACCAUCAUUAAAGGUGACCCUCGAGUUUGCUCAGCAAACAUAAUAUGGAUCAAUCCAGGUACGACAACUUGGAUAAGAAACCCUUGCAAGUCUGAAAAGGGUGAAUUAGCACUGGACAUCGUUCUGGAGAAAUCAGCUGUGAAGCAAAGUGGUGAUGCUUGGAGGAUUGUAUUAGACUGUUGUCUUCCUGUUCUUCAUUUAAUCGACACCAGGCGUUCCAUACCAUAUGCAAUAAAGCAGCUUCAAGAAUUGCUAGGGAUUUCUUGUGCUUUUGAUCAAGCUGUUCAGCGCCUUGCAACAUCAGUGACAAUGGUGGCAAAAGGUGUUCUCAAAGAGCAUCUCAUUCUCUUGGCAAAUAGCAUGACAUGUGCUGGAAAUUUGGUUGGCUUCAAUUCUGGUGGUUAUAAAGCUUUGUCUCGCUCAUUUAAUGUCCAAGCACCAUUUGCGGAAGCGACACUUUUUACACCAAGAAAUUGUUUUGAGAGAUCUGCUGAAAAGCGACAUGUGGAUUCUCUAUCGAGCAUAGUUGCAUCUUGUUCCUGGGGAAAACAUGUGGCAGUGGGUACAGGAUCUAGAUUUGAUGUCCUUUGGGACACAAGGCAGGUAGGAUUGAACGAAGAGGGUGGAAUAGAUGUGUAUAACUUUCUACAUAUGGUGAGAGGUGCUGCAAAUGGAGAAGAAUCAAAUACCGGUUGUCUGGGUGCAGAUACUGAUGAUCUUAUGCUGGAAGAUGAAUGUGCAGAGUGGGCUCCCUCCCCAGAGCAUAACUCAAGUUUUGAUAAGCCAUUCUUUGAAGACAGUGCUGAGUUUGAAAAUUGUUUAGAUAAUCGGCCAGAGGAAUCAACAUGGGAUGCUUCUACUAGUUGGGACAAACAAAUGACUAGAGAAAAUGCUUCAUCUGGUUGGGGGACAAAUAAAGCUGAACCAGGUGAUGUGUCCACAAAACCUGCCAUGGAUUCUUCCAAGUCCAGUGGUUGGGGUGCCAGUGCUGGAUGGGAGAAUAAUACAGCAACCAAGAAUGAUUCUUCUGGUUGGGGAAUGGGUGGAGAUGAAUCACGAGUUGCUUUCAUCUCCAAAAAAGCACAAGAGAACUCUUCCACAUCCCACGGCUGGGAUGCUGUGGCUCCUUUGGGAAAAGUGAGCAAAGAUGUUGAGGAAUCUGGAUGGGAGACAAGUACGGUGACCAAAAAUGUUUCUUCUGUUUGGGGGACCAAUAAAACUGAAUCGGGUGAUGUUUCCCCAAAAGCCGCAGAGAAAUCUUCCAAGUCCAGUGGUUGGGGUGGUAUGGCUGGGCGGGAUAUAAAUUCAGCAACCAAAAAUGAUUCUUCUGGUUGGGGAACGGGUGGAGAUCAAUCACGAGUUGCUUUUGUCUCCAAAAAAGCGCCAGAGAACUCUUCUGGAUCCCACAGCUGGGAUGCUGUGAUUCCUUGGGGAAAAGGGGACAAAGAUGUUCAGAAAAAUACAGCUACCAAAAACGUUUCUUCUGGUUGGGGAAUGGGUGGUGAUGAAUCACGAGAUGGUUCUGUCUCCAAAACAGAGCAAGAGAACUCUUCCGGAUCCCAUGGCUGGGAUGCUGUAACUCCUUUGGGAAGAAGGGAUGGAGAUGGUGAGGAAAAUUCAUUGAACAAAAAUGUUUCUUCUGGUUGGGGAACAGGUGGAGAUGAAUCACGAGAUGCUUUUGUCUCAAAAAAAGCACAAGAGAACUCUUCCAGAUCCUGUAGCUGGGAUGCUGCAACUCCUUCGGGAAAAAAUGCUGGGGAUGCUGUAGAAUCGUCCAGAUUUGAUGGGAAGCCUCUGGUUGAAAAAAAAACAGAGCCUUCUGAUUGGGAUAAGAAGGUAACACAGGAGACAGUUCAGUCAACUUCUGGUUGGGUUUCUUCAACUAUUGAAGUAGGGACUAGAGAUGAACAUUCAUCCCCUUCUGUGGAACAUUGUGAGUCACCUGCCAUCAAUCAUUCAUGGGGGCAGCUGAAGUCACCAGAACCUUCACAAGGUUGGGGCUCUUGGAAUGAGUCUAAUCAAUUAGCAAGUUUGAACAGUUGGGACUCACCAAAUGCUGACGGUGGAAAUGAAAGUGAGAGACCUCGGUGGGGAAGGCAGAGUGCAGAACCAUUCAAGAAAAAUUCGUUUGAAGGAUCAAGGGGAUGGGGUUCAAAUUCUGGAGAAAGGAAAUCUAACUGGUCUGCAAAAUCUCCUGGAAGGUCACAUACUGGUUCUAGUGCUAGUGGAAUAUAUACUGCAACCAGACAGCGAUUAGAUAUGUUCACUUCCGAGGAACAAGAUGUUCUGUUGGACAUUGAAAAGGUUAUGCAGUCUAUUAGAAGAAUAAUGCAUCAGUCUGGGUAUAAUGAUGGGGACCCACUAUCAUCUGAAGAUCAGUCCUAUAUACAGGAUAGUGUUUUUAACUAUCAUCCAGAUAAAGCUGUGAAAAUGGGUGCUGGAAUUGAUCAUUUCAUGGUUAGCAGGCAUAGCAAUUACCAGGAUAGCCGGUGCUUCUACGUUGUCUCAACUGAUGGUCGUAAGGAAGAUUUUUCCUAUCGCAAAUGCCUGGAUAACUUCAUCAAGAGCAAGUAUCCAGACGUUGCUGAAGCAUUCCUUGCAAAGUAUUUCAGAAAGCCCCGUUCUGGAGGAAACCGGGAAAGCAAUUCCGUUCCAGAGGAAACGGGUAAAAAAGAGCUAGGGCAGUAAGGCUGCUUAUGGGGGGUCAUUUGCUCUGUUAAUUGUAAUUCUUUUAGCUUGCUCGCUCCCCUGAUGUAAUUAGAUAGAAACAUUCCGAUCAUCUGCUAUUUUGAUUUGUAUAUUAAGGGCAGAUGUUUCGUGUACAUCAGCUCCUCCCAACAGAAUGCAUUGUUUUCCCAUGCAGCAGUUGUUGUUUAUCCACUACAUAGCUCAAUCAGGUAGCAUGUAACCUAUAACGGUGGGUGGGAAAAUUCAUGUUCUUUUGAUAUCAAAAUAGAGGCUACUUUCAAUUCU